ACGAAGAAAUUAAUAAAUAUGCAUAUUUAAUAACUUUAAUUUAUGGUAUAUUGUUUUUUAUAAAAUAAAUACCAUGUCUAACGCAGUAGUAGUGAAGGCUAAAACAGAACGUAAAGUGUUCAGACCAUCAGCCAAAGUUUUGAAUAAAAUACCUGAUGAAAUUACAAAUAAUUCAGACUUGAUUGCUGCUAUGCAGUCAUUACCAUCCAAUUAUAAUUUUGAACUACCGAAGACUAUUUGGCGAUUACGGCAAAUGCAAGCCAAACGCGUUGCAUUACAAAUGCCUGAAGGACUGACCAUGUUUGCUGUACAGUUAUGUGAUAUUAUUGAACAAUUUACUGAAGCAGAUACUGUAAUUAUGGGUGAUGUUACAUAUGGUGCUUGUUGUGUUGAUGAUUUUACUGCAAAAGCUCUUGGAGUAGAUUUGUUAGUACACUAUGGCCAUAGCUGUCUUAUUCCUGUUGAUCAAACUGAAGGAGUCAAAGUAUUAUAUGUGUUUGUUGAUAUUAAAAUUGAUGCUAUUCAUCUCAUUGAAACUGUAAAACUGAACUUCACUAAACAGCAACGAUUAUUAUUUGUAAGUACUGUUCAGUUCGUCACCACUUUGCAAGGGUUGAUAAAUCGAUUAAAAAUAGAUGGUUAUAGUGUAAAAGUUCCACAGGAAAAACCAUUAUCACCAGGAGAAAUUUUAGGAUGUACAUCUCCUAAAGUUACAGAUGCUGAUUGUUUAAUAUAUUUAGGUGAUGGCCGUUUUCAUUUAGAAUCAAUAAUGAUAGCUAAUCCUGAACUUACAGCGUACAGGUAUGAUCCAUAUGAAAGAAAAUUGACUAGAGAAUACUAUGACCAUAUUCUUAUGAAAGAUACAAGACUAAAAGCAAUUGAAAAAGCUAAAGAAGCCCAAGUAUUUGGUUUAAUUUUAGGAACUCUGGGUAGACAAGGAAGUAUCAAAGUGUUAGACUACUUUCAUGAACAAAUGCGAUUGUCUUCAAAGAAUUCUGUCACUAUUCUUCUAUCAGAAAUAUUUCCACAAAAGCUGUCGUGUUUUAGAGAUACAGUUGAUGCUUGGAUUCAGAUUGCGUGCCCACGGUUAUCCAUUGAUUGGGGUUCAGCUUUUGACAAACCAUUUUUAUCACCUUAUGAAGGUGCUGUUGUUUUGAAUCAAAUUGAAUUCAACAACCAAGAAAAUUAUCCAAUGGAUUAUUAUAGCAGUAAUAGUUUAGGAGCUUGGACACCAAAUUAUCGACCAAUCAAUGGUUGUUGUGGAAAAGGAUGUGCAAAUAAUCCAAAAAGUGAUGUACAAAAAUUAAAUUGUUCAAACAAUCGAUUAGAUGUAAAAAAUAAAGUAGACUAAAUUCAAGCAAAUUGUACCCGCAUAAAGACAAUAUUAAUAAAAUGUAUGAUUAU